GUACACAGACAGCUGGAUGAGCUGUGUGUGCCGCCGGAAAGGAGCCGGAUUGCACUAUGGCGGGGGUGUCUGCCCGGAGCCGGGGCUGGUCCUCACUCUGCAGGCUUUACCUGCGUCUUCAUGCGGUACCGCCGAGCUGCGGCCGGGCCUGCCACGGAUGGCAGCACUCUGUGAAGAGUACAGGGCUCUUGUGUUUAAUGCCAUCCAGUCGGCUGCCAGUGCAAGCACAAAUCCGUCUUUAUUCUUCCAAUGAGCCCAGGGAAGGCGGUGGACCAACCGAGCCCAGUGCCACAGGCGCCACAGAUAAAUCUCCAGCAGGACUGGAUCCUGGCAAAUCGGAACCUAGAAGCACUUUACUCACAGACCCUAUUCAAGUAAAAGUUAAAGCGGUGCUGAAAAAGAGAGAAUAUGGAAGCAAGUACAUGAAAAAUAACUUUGUUACCGGAGUACGAGCAAUGAAUGAAUUCUGCCUUAAACCCAGUGACCUGGAGUCGCUACGGAAGAUUAGACGAAGAAGUCCACAUGACGACAGUGAAUCAUUUACUGUGUUCUUAAGAUCAGAUGUAGAAGCAAAAGCUUUGGAAGUUUGGGGGAGCCCUGAAGCCAUUUUCAGGGAACGGAAGUUAAGGAAAGAAGAGGAGAUUGCUUACAAAGAAAGUGAGUGGCUAUAUACAGAUGGAGCUGGUGUUACCAUGACCCCUGGCCGCCAUGAUGAUUUAUUUAGAAAUCAGAAAUUAUUAAAAGAAUACAAAGAUUUUCUAGGAAAUACAAAGCCCCGGUUAAGUACAGCAUCCAUGUUCUUAAAGGGCCCUGGGAAAGUUGUGAUGGUAGCUAUUUGCAUAAAUGGACUAAACUUCUUCUUUAAGCUGCUGGCCUGGGUGUACACUGGAUCAGCCAGUAUGUUUUCUGAAGCUAUUCACUCCUUAGCCGACACUUGCAACCAGGCUCUGUUGGUUUUAGGGAUUGCACAGUCUGCACGGACGCCGGAUCCUGGACACCCGUAUGGCUUUACCAAUAUGCGCUAUAUUGCUUCAUUGAUUAGCGGCGUUGGCAUUUUUAUGAUGGGUGCUGGACUGUCCUGGUACCAUGGCAUCAUGGGGUUACUGCAUCCACAACCUAUAGAAUCCCUGCUUUGGGCGUAUUGUAUUCUGGCAGGAUCAUUAGUUUCCGAAGGAGCUACACUCCUGGUUGCUAUUAAUGAGCUUAGGAAAAGCUCGAGAAUAAAGGGAUUGUCCUUUUAUCAGUAUGUGAUCCAGUCUCGGGAUCCGAGUACUAACGUGGUCCUGAUGGAGGAUACUGCCGCAGUUUUGGGGGUGAUUAUGGCUGCCUCCUGUAUGGGUCUGACUUCGCUCACAGGGAAUCCUUACUAUGACAGCCUGGGUUCGCUGGGCGUGGGGACUUUAUUAGGAGCAGUAUCUGCCUUCCUCAUUUACACCAACACUGAGGCCCUUAUUGGUCGGUCCAUACAACCAGAGCAACUCCAACGUCUUACCGAACUCCUUGAAAGUGACCCUGCUGUGAGGGCCAUUCAUGAUGUAAAAGCCACAGACAUGGGAAUGAGUAAAGUACGGUUUAAAGCAGAGGUUGAUUUUGAUGGACGUGUAGUAACCAGGUCGUACUUAGAAAAGCAGGAUAUCGACCAGAUGUUACAUGAAAUCCGACAGGUGAAAACUCCAGAAGACUUGGAAGCUUUUAUGCUCAAACAUGGGGAAAAUAUCAUAGACACACUAGGAGCAGAAGUAGACAGACUUGAAAAGGAACUGAAACAACGCAAUCCUGACGUUCGGCACGUUGACUUGGAAAUUUUAUAGAAGCCGGAGAAUUUCCUAUUCAUGCAAUUCAUAGAGGAAGAGGAGAAGACUGUACAAGAAGCUUCAUUUCAUUUUCCAGGGUGCAUGCUCCAUGACUAAAUUGUAAAUGAGUGCAAUGCAAAUGCUUGGCAUAAUAAGUCAUGUUUACAGGAGCCUUGUACAGUCCGUUGUUGUAACAUUAUUAGGCUUUUUGUGCAGGGCGAAGGAAAGCGAAUGUUAUUUAUUUGUAACGCACCUCAGUAAACCACAUUGUUUUACUCCAUUCCAUGGGCCUAUAUAUAAUAGACUAUAGUUUUUGGUUUAUUUUGUUCCUUUUUAUUAGCAGGAAGGAUUUUUUUCCUUUUUUAUUUUUUUUAUUUUUAUUUUUAUUUUUUUUAUUAAUUGGACAUUUUUUUUGCAAGUGUAAUAAUCAUUGAGGCCAUUCCGCCAACCUAGUUGCAAAUCAAAAGCUCUGUU